GCGCCAACGUCGCACCACACAGACCUAGAGGCGUAAUUACUAAUCUAAACAAUGUCAAAACAUGUUUUGAUAUUACACAGCUAGUAUAUAAUUCAGAGCACUGUUUACGAGAGCGCAGUAUACAGGGAAGUCAGUCACUCACGAGUACUCUGCAACGAUAAUUGAAUUGAUAAACUUUAGUGGAACUGUGUUUUGGACAGAUCUACGUUACGAAAACAUUUGUGUAAAACUCUGAGACAUUGGUGUGGAACAUAUUUAUAAAGUGCAGUGGAGAGUGCGCGAGACUUCUAGAAGGCGCCAGUGCUCGUGUGUAGUGUGGUGAGAGGGAAGAUGUCGUCGCUGGGCGGGCAGUGGCGCGUGAUCCGGCACUACCUGUCGCUCAGCAAUCUCAACGCGGAGGUGGAGAAGCUGGUGCAGAAGCUGAAGCCCGCCACGCCGGACCAGUGGGACAAUCUAAUACAGAAGUUUGAGAAGGCAGUGUCGGCGCGGCUGUCCGGCAGGUAUGCCGCGGGCGCGGAGGCUGACAAGACAGAAGCAGAUGUCAAACCCAACAAUGCUGCUGAGGACACAAAUAGUAAAGUCGUGAAGCCGGCGAGUGAGCCCAAGCCCAGGGAGUCGACCGGCGGCGAGCUCAGCGUGGAGGGGCUGCUGCAGGGCCUGCGCCUCAAGAAGGACACGCAGCUCGGCAAGAUCUCACAGCCCACCUGGAAGGAGCAGAAGAGUUCAGUCUCUAAGUCGUCGAUAGCGUCGCGCACGGCGUACGUGAUCGGCGCGGUAUCGGCGGCCACCUCGCGCGACAGCGUGCUGCGCCGCGCCGAGCGACUCGUCGAGCAUCUGCACGAGUACCCCGAGGCGCGGGACUACGCCAUCAAGGAGGGCGCGGUGCGGGCGCUGCUGCGCGUGCAGGACAGCCUCGACCACGCCGAGCCGCUCGCCAAGGAGAUCGACGGCGUCGUCAAUGAGGCGCUGGCGCUGGUGGGGUACUGCGGGCCGCCGCGCGGGCCGGGCGCCAACAUCCUGGCGCUGGACGGCGGCGGCAUCCGCGGCAUCAUCGCCAUCGAGAUGCUGCGCCACCUGGAGCGGCUGUCGGGGCGCCGCGUCACCGAGCUGUUCGACUACGUGGCGGGCGUCAGCACCGGCGCCAUCAUCGCGGCCGUCCUCUGUGGCGGCGCCGGCACGCUGGACUCCGCGCGGCACAUGUACUACACGCUGUCGCAGGACAUGUUCGGCAACACGUCGCUGCUGGGCGGCGGCGCGCGGCUCGUGUGGACGCACGCCUACUACGACACGCAGGCGUGGGAGCGGCUGCUGCAGGACAACCUGCGCGACGUCACGCUCACGCACUGCAACCGCAGCCACGCGCCCAAGCUCGCCAUCGUGUCCUGCGUCGUGAACCGCGGCUCGCGCCUGGCGCCCUUCCUGUUCCGCAGCUACGAGGUGGGCUGGCGGCGCCGCAGCGUGUUCCCGGGCACGUCGCGGGCGCCGCUGUGGGCGGCCGUGCGGGCGUCGGCCGCCGCGCCCACCUACUUCGACGAGUUCCGGCACGACGGGCUGCUGCACCAGGACGGCGGCAUCCUCGUCAACAACCCGGCGGCCGUCGCCGUGCACGAGGCGCGCCUGCUGUUCGGCGCCGCGGCCGUCGCGCGCGGCUCGCUCGUGUCGCUGGGCACGGGGCGGGCGCUGUCCGCGCACACGGACUACCGGCGCCUCACUAGUGCACUGGCGGACCGGCAGCAGCCCACCAGCUGGCGCGACAAGUUCAACAAGAUCCUGGACUCGGCGACCGACACGGAGGGCGUGCACCUGGUCAUGAACGACCUGUUCCCCGCCGGCGGGUACUUCCGCUUCAACCCGCCGCUCAUGCAGGACUGCGCCAUGGACGAGAUCGACAAGGCCAAGCUCGACAACCUCGUCGUCGACACGCAUGCAUACAUCAGACGCAACCAGCACAAGUUCGAGCAGGCGGCGGCGCAGCUGUGCCGGCGGCGCGGGCUGCUGCAGCGCGUGACGGACGCCGCCAAGCGACAGGCCAUCCUCGCCGGCAUCGCAGACUGACUCACACACACUGCCGCACUAGUUACUUUACCGACUAAUAUUGGUCACUUCAUUUGACUAAAACUUAACAAAAGGUGGAAUAGACUCGUGAUCUCUUUGUACAGACGACAGCAUAUCACAAAAGUUGAAGGCAAGUGUUCGAUUGGUAAAAUUUUGCAGAUUCGAGUAGGUUGUCCUGCUGACGUCUGUACACUUCGUAGUUUAUGAGAAAAAACCACCAAAUGUCGUGUCCAAUAUGUUUUUAAAAUACAGAUGUCGGGAACCAUCAUGCAUAUUGAGAGACUAAGUGCUGUACUUACUUUUUAUUGUAAAAAAGUUUAUUAGCACAUAAUUUUCUACUUUUGAUAGAUUUCUAGACAAAUAUAAAAUCGGACGAAAAACAAAGUGCUGCAAAUUGAUAAUUAGCGUCGGAUUUAGUUUUAGUUAGAUAUGAGUCGUGUGAUGUUCUACAAGAGCGGAGCGACUCGACGCUGAUAUUAUUAGGUGUAAUAGUUGACUGUAUUGUAAAUACUUUGCCUUCAGCGAGUGUCGGCGACCGACGCGACGCGGCGAACACUCGCUGAUGUUCCGUACCUUAGCGCGAUGUUCAGCGUGAGCUUAGAGCUACAUAUUUGUUUUGUAAAGUUAUGUGUAAAGUUUCACUAUUGUUAUUGAUUAUUAUCGGUGCAUUUUAUACUUUAUAAAUAAUGUUAAUGAAUGUGAUAUAUAUAUUGUACUGUUAAGCAUCACCGUAGUAGCGACAUGUGACGACGGUCAUCAUACAAUCUAGUCAUUUCAUUAGUUACUACAAGUUUAGUUUGAAUGUCACGACUCUCGGCUCACGUCUAAUAACUUUACCCCUCUGAAGUGAGCUCGUGAAGCAGUGUGAAGUUGUCGCGUCUCGCAUGAACAGUAUUGUGCACUCACUAGUAAGUAAGUGGGCAACUUCAGAAGCGUCAAGUUAUUUGAGGCGAGCUGCAGCGACGUGACAGUCGUACUCCACUAGUGGCGAUAUGUUUAAAGUUUAAUGUUAAAUCAGCAAAUGUGAUAAUAAAUUAUUAUUUAAUUCUG